UCCGUACAAAGCGCUCGGCGCCGGCAGGAGAGCGUGCGCGCGGCGGCCGCGCGGCGGGCAGUCCGGACGACUCGGCGAGCGCCGGCGGCGACUGCGCGGGGGCCCGCGGCCGGAGCGUCCCGCCGCGCACAAGAGCUGACCUCACUCUGCUGUUUCCUGGAGGAGCCCCACCCCGAUGGGGAGCAGCCUCUGCUGACGUCAUUGCCCGGGAGACGCCCUAGGAGGUCGCCUCUGCCCCCCUCCGUCUGCCCACCUGAAGAUGGCUCGUGCCCACCCUGGGCUGGUGCCCAGCGCCUGAGGUCCUUACCAUGGUGAUGAUCCUGAGUCAAAGCCUCGACAAGCAGGGAGCCGACCCCGUGGCCUGCAGGACCUUCAACCCUGAGCCGCACACGCCAAAGAAGAUGAGUCAAGGACCGACACUUUUCUCUUGUGGAAUCAUGGAAAAUGACAGAUGGCGAGACCUGGACAGGAAGUGCCCCCUUCAGAUCGACCAGCCGAGCGCCAGCAUCUGGGAGUGCCUGCCGGACAAGUGCCAGGACAGCGGCCUGUGGCACCGGGAGGCGGCCACCGCCUGCGCAGUCACCAGCCUGAUCAAGGACCUCAGCCUCAGCGACCACAACGGGCACCCGUCCGCGCCCCCCAGCAAGCGCCAGUGCCGGUCACUGUCCUUCUCGGACGAGAUGGCCAGCUGCCGGACGUCGUGGAGGCCCCUGGGGUCCAAAGUCUGGACGCCGGUGGAGAAGAGGCGUUGCUACAGCGGGGGCAGCGUGCAGCGCUACUCCAACGGCUUCAGCACGAUGCAGCGGAGCUCCAGCUUCAGCCUCCCGUCCCGCGCCAACGUGCUCUCCUCUCCCUACGACCCGGCGGGACUUCACCCGCGGCCCGGCGGCCCGCCCGGCCCGGGGGCGCCGUGCCCGGCCACCUGCGGACAGGCAGGCGACCUCUGGGGCCCCGCGGCGAGCCCCGUGGGCGGCGGCCGGCUGGACAUGCAGCGCUCCCUGUCCUGCUCCCACGAGCAGUUCUCCUUCGCGGAGUACUGCCCGCCCUCAGCCAGCAGCACCCCAGCCUCGACGCCGGAGCCGGCCAGGCGCUCGGGGGGGCUGGCCCGCAGCCGCUCCCAGCCCUGCGUCCUUAAUGACAAGAAGGUGGGCGUCAAGCGGCGGCGCCCCGAGGAGGCGCAGGAGCAGAGGCCCUCCCUGGACCUUGCCAAGAUGGCACAGAACUGUCAGACCUUCAGCAGUCUCAGCUGCCUGAACACGGGGACGGAGGACCGGAGCGCCCACAGCCCCUUCGCCCUGCACAUUGGCACCACCAGGCCCUGGGCCGCCCUGCUCUCGGCCCCCAGCGCAGGGGGCAGGACGCCCGCUGGGACCCCGGUCCCCGAGCCUCUGCCCUCCUCCCUGGACGACCCGCUGGCCUGCCGGGAGGAACCGUGCUGCGAGGAGCCGGGCACAGCCUGGCGGGACCGCAGGGCCCGCAGCAGCCCCUGUUCCCUGGACGGCGAGCUGGACAUCGAGCAGAUAGAGAACAACUGAGGGGCCGCGGGCCCUGGCCCGGGGCAGGGGGCGGGAAGGGGCGUUCGAAUCGACGGGCCUCCUCCUGCCCACCCCCAGGUGCAGCGGUGGGCCCUCCAGGGAGCCCCACCCCCGGGCCUGAUCCGAGCUUCCUGGGAGGCGGAUGUUAGGGCCCAGGAGCAGCCCACCGCCUCCCCGAGACGCUGUCCUGCCUGCGGGGGUCCGGGCUGCCCCCACUCCCCGCCCCGCAGUGCAGCAUCUCAGCCUUUCACCAGCAUGGCAGCCCACGGAACCGCGGGGGCCAGGAUGGAAGCUUCUCGGCCUCGGUCUCUUGCACCCCCUUCAUUUGUGGCACAUCGAUGGGCACGGCGCCCCAGCCUUGCCCGCUGGGCAGUCUCUCGGCGUCUGCGCAGGGCCGGGGUUUCUGCCUGAGGUCUGCGUGCUGGCGUCACCGGCCCGCCCGCCCUCCCGCUCUCAGGUUCGGGCCGGGGCCGGCCCUGCAGCGCCCUCCUCCCCUCGAGUGUGUAUUCCGUGCCUUCUCUCCCAGGUCUCCCGCUCAGGCUCGGGAAGGCGGGGGAGGCUUCCUCGGUCGUUAACACCAGAACCGUUCGGCCUUAAUUCCUGGUGCAGGCGAUGGGGCCCUGCCUGCUGGGUGGACUCCUGGGGUCCAGGGAACACCUCGGUGGGGGUUGCUCAUUAGAGGCCCGUCCAGUGGGGCAGAGGUGGCAGAGCCGUGAGCCCCUCCCGUGGCGUGGAGGUCCCAGCCCUGGGCUCUUGGCUGCUCCCGGGGGAGGCUGAAGUUGGCAGGGUCAGCAGCUGGCAGCCACUGUCCACGACUGCCCUGCCACUGAGCAAUGAGCUCAGUGGACUCCGGCGAGUGGAGAGACGUCCCCAGAGGAGGGCGGCCUCAGGGACAAGGGUCCUGUGCAGGUGCGCACACCCAGGCCCUGCACACGUUCCGGGGCCAGAGGGUGCCUGCUGGCCGCUCUGAGCCUGGCCAUCUGCCAAGCACAGCCUCGUUGGUUGGGGGGGGUUUGGGGGGUGUCGCCUCCCUGCUGCUGCCCCAACCACAAGCACAGAGUGGGGUGCCCACACGCCCUCCUUGGCUCCCAGCGCCCCAGCAGAGAACCCACCCCGGUCCACGAGGAGCCCCGACCCCUUGAGGCUUCCUUCCCGGUCCGCUCCUCUCCAGCCCCACUUUGCAGACGCACCCCGCAGGCUCCGGGUCCCCCAGAAUCCGGCUUUCAGCAGCUCGGCAUCUUCCACAGACAGCAGCAGUGGGGUCACCUUAUGAGCAAAGUGGCUCCUUUUCCCACAAGGCUCAGUCCAUCCAUGCCUUCCCCUGCAGUCCGCUGCUGCGCAACAGAGGCACUCCGGGGGUCCCUUUGGUCCCGCUCACCUUCUGCUGACGGCAGAACCCUCAGGGCUUGCAGGGGCUGAGGGCACGCGGUUCUUUCUCUUUCCGCUGAAGAGAGACCAGGUUUGGGAAAACUUGAGUUUAACCUUUACUUCUGGACAUCCGAAGUGUGGUGGCUCAAGUUCUCAUUUAGAGUUGGCUCUUCUUAAAAAUCAACUGUGUAAGAUGCUUGCAGAAAACCCCAACUCCAUCCCCCGCCCCCCUCCCCCGAGAUGGUGUCAGAAGCCGCAGGUUGUAGAGCAUUGUGGGUGUCUGGGCACUGAGCAGGUCCCGCCAAAGGGACAGCUCCCCUGGGGAGCCAGACCAGGCGGCUCGUCGUCUUUGAGCUGAUCCAGGGGACCCCGAAGCGUCCAGCAGCGGGUGCGUGGACAGGAGAGGACGUGCUGAGCCUCCUGGCCUCAGGGAGCCUGGGUGGGAGGCAUGAUACCUGACCCACACCAAGAGGGGCCACAGCGGGCAUGUAACCUGGACAGCAGUCCUUCCCCCGGACGCCCUUCCUCCAGGCCAGGAGGGGAGGCAUGUGGUGGUGGGUGUUGCAGGGCUGUAGUACAUGUGGCCCCCUCGGACCCUGCCAGCCACCCCCCACCCCUUCUCAGGCCUGGUGGCAGGGAAGGAUGAGCCGUGGCCCCACUCACCCCGUCUCCCUGUGGGCUGGUCCUGGGACCCACACGGCAGAAGGGCUCACAGCCCAGAACAGGGUUUAGCCCUUCCCAGCCUUCUCAGGCCUCUCUUGGCCGAACCUGCCCCUACAGAAGCUCCCUGCCCAAGCCCACAACAGCAGCAAGGAGGGGAGAGGAUGACCAGUGACCCCUCAGAGAAAGAGUCAGCUGUGGGGUGGCUUCAUGUCCAUCUUCCCAUCGAAGAGAGCAACUCCCAUCUGUCCAUAGGAGGUGCCGCCCGAGGCCAGUCUCUGGGCUCUGCUCCCCUGGCAACAGGACUCCUGGUCUUGAAGGGAGACUCCUUCUGACCAUCCUGGGGUGCGGGGUGGGGGGCUGUCCCUAGGAGGGGCAGCAGGCCGGCUGGUGCCACCUCCCCGGCCCCAAACCUCACUUCUGCCAGGACCCUGCCUUGUGCAGCCCAUGAACUCCUGCCUGUACAGGGGAACCGAGGAAAUUCAGAGCCAGGAGGGAGGGCUGUGCCAGGCUGUCCACCUGCCCUGGGGGCCCGGAAGGACAAGAGCAGGGUCGUGCAUUUGCAGGGUGGGGGGGCUUCCUGUCGGGACGACCCCCGCUAAAGCCACCGGACUAACAGGGGCCGCUGCCCGUCGGGGCCGGGCCGGGCCGGGCGUCGGGGCGGCAGCCUCAGCGUUUACAUUACCGCAAACCCUCUUGCCUUACUUGCAGUGGAGGCCAGGGCCAUGCAGAGCCCGCGGGCAGACACGGCUCCCAGGCCCCUGGAGAGCUCGUGCGGAUUUUCACUCUCAGAAAGCCUUACUUUUCAACAAAAUUUUUGUAGCAGGAAAAGUUUUGUUAAUUUGUAUACGCCGAAAGAAAUUUUAAAAUAAAAUGAAAAGUCCACCUUAGAAAGCAAACGAACCCAUGGUCCACAGGGGGCCCCAGAGCAAGGUGGGGGGUGGGGGCGGCCUGUGCGUCUCCCCACGUUCCGGCUGGCGCUGCUCGAGCCUCCAGCCCACGCGCUGGACGGACGCCCCGCCACGGGCUCAAGUCUCCUGCGCCCUGGCCUGGAGGCGGGUCAUCUGCACGAUGACCGCGUCUGGUGGUACCCGCACCCCAGCUCUGGGAGCAGCAACCCGGCCAGGGCCAGCGCCUUCAUGUAGGCGAUGGUGUCGCCGCUUGCUGCAGCCUCAUGGGUGGCCGGACCCCUCCCACUGGCGCCUCUUUAAAGAGAAAAGAAGAGAAAAAGAUUUAAUAAAAAAAAAAACAAAAAAAAACCCAGACCGCAGCAGAGAUCUUAUACCUAGCUAGAAUAGCCCGACCUUCUAGCAUAGUCUCUUUGGCAAAGAAAUUGUGUCCCAGUGUGGGGGCCCACGUCCAGGGGCCCACGUCCCAGGGGCAGGUGCCCGCGGGUUGGCCGUCUCCAGGGUCACAUGCGCUUUCCCAGCAGCACCCAUCGGCGCCCUGGAGCUUCAGGAAGCGUGGCGGCCGGAACACGGGCCGCGUCGGGCCUGGCCCCUGACCGGGCGACGCACUGUGCGGGGACGGUGCUGGGUCUGCCCCCCAUCGCCACCCACCGCAGCCCGCCCUCCGCGCAGGCCACGGCUGUCUUGCACUAGGGCCGCUCUAGUCUCUCAGGAAUCUGCUUGUUACUUUUACUGUGUAAAUAAAGCUUCCUGGUUCAGUACCCA